AUGCGCAAGGGAUCGUGGGCAAUGGCAGGUCUUAGCGACGGGCUGUCGCUGUCGAUUCGUACCCCUUGGAGUCUGUACGCAUCAUCGUCAGCGGCAGCGGGUACGGCAGCAGCCAUCGCAACAUCGGAUGCUGCUGCUGGCGGUGAUGGAGGUGGUGGCGGUGGCGGUGGUGCGCCUGCUGGGGCCCCUGGAGCACUGGCGACGCUGAAGAGCCUCUCCUCGGAGUCUCUGAGCCUGAUGGACGCCGGUUGGGGUUUCCAGUGCUCGGGGGCGGCCAAGGUUCUCUCUGACCGAGGUGGCGGCGACUUCCGGGCGAUCGGGGUGUUGGGCAGCCAAGGCGCCGCCAAGUCGGCGUUACUCAACGCAUUGCUGUACGACACCGGCCAACGGGGGCCAGCGACCGUCCGCGCCGCCGCCGCCGCCUCUGUAGCUAGCACUGGCGGCGUCAUGACCUCUCCCCCCUCCGCUUGUUUUCCCGGCGGCGCGAUGCCCCCCUUUCCCGUGUCGGACUCGCCAGGUCACGUGUCUCACUGCACCUCCCGACUGCAGCUGAGGGUGCAUCCGGGGGACCGCACUCUGCUGCUAGACUCCCCACCGUUGUGGAGCGCCAGCUGGACGUCAGAACUCGCAGUACGGAUUAUCGCGUCGUACAUUCGUCGUACAUCCAUACGCUGUACACGGAACGAAGUUGUUGAUAGCACAGCGGCUAACCGCCAGCCGCUCUGUAUGUGUGUGCGAGCGCGCGCGCCGGAUUGCCGUUCUCGCGGACGCGGCUGCCUUCCCUUGGAGGCGGUUUCGGAGCUUCUCGGGCUGCAAAUGGGGGCCAUGCUGCUGCUGGCGUGUCACGUGGUUGUCCUCAUGGUGGAUGGUGUGGACGAACCCCACCUAUGGGAAUAUCUGCAGGUUAUCGACCACAUCGCACACUGCCUGCCGGACGUCGGAACCGCAGCAGCAUCGGCGGCGGCGGCGGCAGCAGCAUCCGGGGCCACACAGACCCAUGGGACAGCUGCCGUACCCGCCACGACAGCGUGGACCGGCAUGGGGCCCAGCGCCGGCGCCGGUGGCUUCCUCUGUGUGGGUCCGCGGGUUACCGGCGCCUCGGAGUUCCGUGGUCCGCGGCGCGUGGCGGAGCUGGUGGUGGCCGCGCUGCUCCGACUGGCUCUCUCCUCCACCCGGCUGUUGUCAUCAGCGCCACCGCGAGGGGCAAGUGGGUAUGCCAUUGACGUCUUGCGACUGCUGGGUGGCGGCGGCGGCGGCGGCGGCGGCCACGGCAGCAGCUGGAACGGAGACAAAAACGCGUACGACGGCGGCAGCAGUGAGGAGAUGCGCCAGGUGGUGGCGGCCGCGGACGACGACGAGGAGGGAAAGGAGGAGGAGGAGGAUGACCGACCCGUGGGUCAUUCGCGAAAGGAGUUGCUUGAUGGCGACGAGGGUGAUGAUGAUGGCGAUGAUGAUGGCGAUGGCGAUGAUGAUAGCGAUGACAGGGUGUUGCACUUUUGGGCCCUGCCGAGACUGCACUGA